AUGGAAGGAAUCGGAAAGUUGUUCAAAUUCAAGAAAAGGAAGAUUGAACUUCCAGAGAGCUAUCUAGGAGCCAGAUUGGACGGAGUCGAUAUGUGGACAAUGUCUAGCUAUGACUACGUUGUGGCAGCCGUCAAGAAUGUUAAGGAGACGUUGAAAGCGCCAAUGGAAGGACACAUGGAACAAGCAUUGAGGAUAUUUGCUUUCUUGGGUACGUUUCCAAAGUUGACCUUGUACUAUGAUUAUAGGGCACCAAACUUGGAUUACUCCAAAUCGAGGUCCUCUAGAGAGAAUUUCCAGGCAUACUAUCGGGACGCAAAAGAGGAAAUACCGCACAACGCACCCAAACCAAGGGGACAAAGCAUAGGGAGUACCGCAUGGGUAGAUGCUUCUCACGGUGCUAACAAGAAGACGCGAAAGUCGCAUACGGGUUACGUGAUUUUCCUCAAUCGAGCACCCAUAUUGUGGCACAGCAAAAGGCAAAAUACGAUAGAAGCGAGCACUUUUGGUUCGGAGUUUAUCGCCCUGAAAGCAUGUAUUGAAGCCAUCACACAUUUGAGGUUCAAGUUGAGGAUGUUUGGAAUCCCUUUGGAAGAUGAACCCACACACAUAUUUUGCGACAAUGAGAGCGUGGUGACAAAUGCAACAAAGGUCGAAUCGACCUUGAACAAGAAGCACAAUUGCAUAGCAUACCAUUAUACGAGAUGGAACGUGGCUGCUGGAGUUGUCGAUGUAUCAUGGACACCAGGGAUGUUAAACCUCGCUGAUGCCUUCACGAAGCAAUUGACCCUGGAAAGACGGGGACGCCUGUAUGGUGAAUGGACGUACUAG